GAGUUCAGGGAUCUAAGCUCAAUAACUAGUACUGAGAGCUCGAUUCGCAUUGAGCUACGAGUAUCAUGCCUACGAGAGCUGUGGUCGGGAUGUUGGUCCUCACCAUUAUGGCUGCACAUUGCGCAGCAGAACAGUGCGGUAAGCAGGCCAAUUUCGCCCUCUGCGGUGAUGGUAACUGCUGCAGUGAGUGGGGAUGGUGUGGGCUUGGAGAUUCUUACUGUGGAAGUGGAUGUCAAAGUGGGCCCUGCAGUAGUGGUGGUGGAGGUUCCCUAAGAGAUAUCCUCAGCAAAAGCGUAUUCGAAAAGAACUUCCCCAACAGGAACAGAUUCUAUACUUACGAAUCGCUCAUCAAUGCUGCCAAAAGCUUCUCUUCAGCAGGCUUGGGAACCACAGGCGACACUAACACGAGGAAGAAAGAGAUUGCUGCUUUCCUGGCACAUAUCGAACAUGAAACUGGUGGAUUGGUAUUCAUAGAAGAGCAGAAGCCCCAAAACAAAUACUGCGAUAUUCAGAACCAGAACCCAUAUCGAUGCGCUCCUGGCAAGAGCUACCAUGGACGAGGCCCGAUGCAGCUUUCCUGGAACUACAACUAUGGAGCAUGCGGGGCUGCCAUCAACGAAGGCAUUCUCGCACAACCAGAGCGUGUGGCACAAGAUGCCACCAUAGCUUUCAAAACAGCCAUCUGGUUUUGGUCUACACAACAAUGGAACAAACCAUCGUGCCACGCAGUCAUGACGGGAAGCUGGAGCCCAUCGUCCGCUGACAACGCAGCCAACAGACGCCCAGGCUUCGGAGUCACGAUCAACAUCAUCAAUGGCGGACUCGAGUGCAACAAGAAUUCGGCCGAAGCAGACAGACGUGUGCAGUACUACAAAAAAUUCUGCUCACUCUUCGGUGUAGACCCCGGGCAGAACUUGGACUGCCGAAGCCAGAAGCCCUUCGGUUGAUCAUUUCAUGAAGAGGUCAUUACAUCAAGUUCAGUAUGAAGAAGAAAAAGAGAUGCAACCUUGUGUGGCCACAUCUGUCGAACCGUCGACAGCCUUUCCAUUUCAUAUUUCUAUUGUAGUGAGUUUUGGGCUGACUUCGACUUUCUAUGGUUAAGAACUGUUUUCGAGAGUGAGUGAUUUGUGGGGCUGGACUGGUGGGAUUUUGAGAAUAUUUAGACCCACUAGCUGCGGUCUUUAAUUAGAUUGUAGCAUAGAGUUGAAGACCAGCCGUGAUAGGAAUUGCAAGCUAGCUAGGCCUGUAAGAACUCGAAGACUAGCAUGAGGAACGUAUGUGGUAGAUACUCAUCCUACUACAGUAUUCCUGUAAACAUCAACGAAGCCUAUAUUUCCGUUCGAUAAUUACAAGUUUGACACGAGACGUACCACCAGUUGGUAGAAACUCUCAACAU